AUGAAAGUCAACAAAACGAUGAGCAUGGGAUACGUGAUCUGCGGUUCUCGCCUUAUCCAGUGCUACCAGCGGGUAUUCAGACUGCUGAACGCUCCCACCAAUCUGCCAUGUAGAAACACCUCGAAACGACUACCCCACCCUCGUGUCUACUACACGCUUAGGGGCUUAGUGAAACGCCCCAUCACGACGCACUUUCCCAUUGAAGCCUCUGACGAAUCGAGGAGUCUGAGGAUUCUACAAAUGCUCGUAUCACGCGCAACAUCAGUUUCCUCCAAUGGUGAUGGUGCUUCGACGAAAACUCACUGCAGUGAGUGGCAUGAUUCACAGAGAGGCCAGCAGACGACUUCGGAUUCACUUAACACUAGCAGCUCGUCUUCGCUCGCCUCGGUCGCCGUCCACAUCACUUCUGUCCGCUUCCAACGCCCCAUCCGGUCGCCGCAGACUGCUUUGGGUAGGGAGGAGGCGCUGGAACGUGUUCGGGGUGCCUCCACCAAGCGAGUUCUCGACCACUCUACUCCGGUGAGCAUGUUGAUUUCGAUCGUGAUUUCCUACACACUGGUUCAAAAAGCAGCCACAUCGGAGUUCAUGGAAGUUGUUUUGACCUGGAGCAUGUCCAAAUAA